AUGGCCCGUGGCCGUCAUCUAGUCAAUGGUCCGCCGACAGCGAUCCCUCAACGUCUCUCACAUAGUGAGGAUGGCGAGGACGUCCAAGGAACUAUCGACCCUUGUACACGACAAGAGAUACCCAAGUACUUUCGGGAAUGGACGAAGUUUUGGGAUGAGGAUGAUGAGGACGUCAACAAAUCAAAUAUUGGCGAAGGAACAGGACAACCUGUGCACAAUCCACUGAGUGAGUCGAGGCCUAGUGUACCCUCGACCCAUUGCAGGACGACCGACCGCAUCCCAACGACUGCGACGGCUAGACAGGUACCAUUACCUAUUGGUGGGCACACCAGUACAUCAAUGCCACCCUUGACGCGUGAGCCAACAUGCUCUCCCCAGGUGCUCCAAACACCCGUUGAGCCCGCGUGUGGUCUCGUCAACAAUGACCAGGACUCUGCAGGAAGCAGACUCAAGCUAAACUAUUACAAUUCUAUUAACGCGGUUCAUCCCCCAAUAGGACUUAACCUGUGCACAACGGCAUCUGAUGGCCAGUUUGUACUGGGUUCUGCUGGCAUCACGUUCCCGCUCUCGUUGGAGGCACCAGGCAGUUGUAGUGAAGGUGCUCACAUUGACGACGUGACAGAGGUUGUUCAGGUUGGCCCUGUGUCUGUUACGGUUCAAGAUACAUUGGAAGUCUCCCCACCUCGAUCUACUCAGCACAGUCGACAUUUCCCUACUGCUGCAUCCGAAGUCAACAGCCAGGUGCAAUCUGCCCCGUCCCUCACCUCGCUGGAUAUGCAUCAUAAGGAUCCAGACGUGAGACGUCUGUGCAAAGCCCCUGAGAGACCCAAAGGAGCCAGAGGUGCCGAGGACGCCAUAGACCCUUAUAAACGCAUAUCACGAAACAGUGACACUGAAGGAAGAGCAGAAGGUUUCACCACAGGUACUGACAGUACCACAGCUCAUCAAAAACAGGCUCGCGGUGUCAAAGACACUGGACACGAAUCCAUCAUCGAAAAGAAAGAAGAUGCUCAUCCCUCGAGACCAAAAGAAAAGCUGAAGGAGAAGAGGAAGUUGCCUCCACGGCCUCCCUGCGAUGCGAAUGGCAGGGGCUUUGUCCGAAAGCUCGUACAGGCGGAUGGAACAUCCGCAAAGCCAUUGCGCGCAAACAUUAUGGCGAAGAUUGGUUUGGAACGUAACAUUCCCAUGUCAGAGCGAAUAACAUGCCCUCUCCCUGGCUGCGGCGACGUUGUAAUCGCAGAGGAUCUGUUCAGCCAUUUCGGAUCUCAUUUCAAAAAGCUCAAAUUACCGGAGGCUGGACCGCAUGAUUGCCUGCUCAAGUGUGGUAACAAGCCCCUUGGAACAUUGGCGGCUUUAAAGAAACAUCUAAGAGACCACACUAAAACAUUCGGUCUCCUUUGCAAGGCGUGUAACGGUCGCGUCUCCAGGGACUCAUGGGAGUCCAUUGAGCGUCAUUUGCUCAACAAGGCGCAUGACAAGGACCGGCAAGAACUGGGUUUGAAAAGCGAAUGGAUACCCUCGUCGAGGAUUGCUGCCGGUCAUAGCACGAAGAUGGGUGCGGAGGGGAGUGACAGUAAGAACGAUGGUGACAACGAAGGUUGCAGCAAAGGAAUCAAACGCCGCCGCUUGCGGUAA